AGAAAACCGGUAAACCCGCUGCGACUUGUUCCUCGUCGAGACCCAUCCCGUGCCGGAGCGCAGCAGAAAAAACCGCGUUCAGUCCGCAGCGAAAACCGUCCGGUGGGUGUGUUGAUGACAAUUAAAACCAUUUACAUUCCGGUGACUAAACGGAUAAGUGUCCAGUUUAAUUGUACAAAGUCUUUUUGACCCCGCUGGUUGGGCGUUGGAUCCGAUAUUAACGCACAAAAAUGACGUGGUUCAGGCCUAUCUCAUUAUGCAUCCUAUUGCCUUUAAUAGCAGCUCAAUUGAACUACCCCAACGACAAUCAAAACUACAAUUACAACAACAAUCCGAAUAACUAUAACUCCAAUUACCCGAAUUACAACUCGAACAACUCGAAUUACAGCUCGAGCAAUCCGAAUUACAACCCCAAUUACAACCCGAACAACUCGAAUUACAACUCGAAUAAUCCCAACAGUCCUAAUUACAAUCCUAAUUACAACAGCAACAAUCCUAACUAUCCCAACAAUCCUAAUUACAAUUCGAAUUACAACAACCCCUACAACCCCAAUUACAACAUGAACAAUCCCAAUAAUCCCAAUUACAACCCAAAUUACAAUACGAACAAUCCCAAUAAUCCUAAUUAUUACAACUCGAACAAUCAGGACUACAAUCGAAACAACCAGGACUACAAUCGAAACAAUCAGGAUUACAAUAGAAACAACCAGGAUUACAAUCGAAACAACCAGGAUUACAAUAGAAACAAUCAGGAUUACAAUCGAAACAAUCCUGGGAACAGCAAUUUGAAUUACAACAAUCCUUCUUUUGUGAGCCAACCCUUGGAUCAAUCGGAUUGCUGCGAAGAAUACUGCUACUCGCAGGAUCCCGAACCUUACCUCUAUUUUGGUACCAAAACGGCCUAUGACAGCAUAUCCAGGAGGGGUGGAAACCAACAUGUUAUUCCAGAUUGCACUCCAGUGCAGUUCUGGAGCAUAAUAAGACAUGGUACCAGAUUGCCUGAUGUUGAUACCAUUAGAUCCAUGCGCAACAUGAACAGGAUCCAUGCGGAAAUCACCAGGAAUUACGAGCAAAGGAAAUCUUUUCCGGAUAGAGGCAGGCUGUGCCCGCAGGAUUACGAUUUAUUCAGGAAAUGGCACUUCAACGAAUCUAUCAACGAAGGAUUGGCCAACACUCUUACCCGUCAAGGAGUCGAAGACUUGAAGCUGCUAGCCAGACGGUACAAGACCAAAUAUCCUGACCUACUCCAGAACUACGACGAAAGGACUCACUAUUUCCAAUAUUCCACUGACGACAGGACCCACGACAGUUUCCAGGCUUAUAUCGAAGGACUGUUCGAACAGGACGCGUUCAGGGUGCACGCCAACAUGAUCAACGGUGAAAGAUUAACCAAUCCCUUCCAGAACUGCCCCAGAUGGCAGCAGGACGAAAACGCGCGCUACUACAGGCAAUCCGAGUCGCAGAGGUUCAAGGAAAAAUCGGAUUACCAGAAAUUGGUGAGAGACGUCUUCAGGAGACUGGGAUUCCGGUUCAGCCUAAAUUCCACGGUCAUUGACGAUAUGUACGAACUUUGCGCCUACGAAAAAGCCUUCAAUCCCCAGCCGAAAUCGGCCUGGUGCAUCGCCUUCAACAAGGAGCAGCUGAAGAUCAUGGAGUACAUCGAGGAUCUCAAGUACUUCAACGAAUACGGUUACGGGAAUCCCCUGGCAGAGAAAAUCGGCUGCAGCAGCCUCAAGGACAUGUACGAGCGUUUCGAAAGGACUGUAAACGGUAACUCCGACGGUAACAAAGCCGCGUUCAUUUUUGGCGAUACGGCCAGUUUUCUCUCCACUUUAUCCGCAAUCGGUGCUAAUAAGGAUUAUAGUCCUUUGAACGCUGAGAAUUACUACCAGCAGAGCAGGAGGACUUGGAGGACUUCUACCAUGAGCCCGUUUUCCGCUAAUUUGGUCGCCUCGCUAUACCAAUGCAACCGCGGGGAAAAAUACAGGGUGAUGUUCUUCCUGAACGAGAUUCCUGUGGAGUUCCCCGAUUGCUCUGUGGGGCUCUGCAACUGGUCGACGAUCCAGCAGAAGUACCAGGAUUUGGUGAGGAGCUGCAACGCGGAGAGCAUGUGCAACGGCAGAGGAAGUGCAGCUUCUUAUUAUGCGGAAAUCGCAGUUUUGUUCGUAACUUUGUUGUUCGCCCUGAAAAUGUAGAGUGUUUGUUUGUUUUGUAGAUCGCAGGAGGCGUUUUUUUAGAUGCAUUUUUUUGCAUUAUGAACUGAUUUGAUCGUACAUAUGCAGAUGUAUGUAGAUAUAUUUUUUUAUUUUUAAUAUACUUAAUAUUGAGUGUAAUUAAUUGUGCAUUAGGUAUUUUUUUUAUGAAACAAUGUAAUUUAGCCGUCCAUUUGUGAAUGUAUUUUUUGUAAAAUUAGAUUAAUUUUAUACUGUUUUUAAUGAUUUUAUUGCCAAAUACAAAGCUUAAGAAACUAUAUCAUUGUUGAUACAUAAUAAAUAUGAUUUUUUUAUUGUUUUUUAAGAAUCCCGGGGUGUUUUUGUAAAUCCCCGAAUCUCAUAUGGUAGAAACCAAAAAAAUGCCAUUAAUUAACUGUAGUGUUCAAAUGCUAAAUAGUCUGUUUAUUUUUCUGUUUUAACGAAAGGAAGUUACAAUAAAAUAUUUUAAAAC